UUCGGUGCAGCCUUUGCUCUUCCUUCCUUCCCCUGGAGGGCCGCACGUCGGAGCCGCAGGGCAAAGCGGGCCAGCAGCAAUGCAGCCGCCGGGGCGCGUGCGGAGCUUGGCGGUGGAGCUGGAGGACGGGAGAGCGUGGGGAGCCUACGGCAGCGGGGAGCUGCUGCACGGCCGCGUGCGGCUGGAGCUGCGCGGUGCCCUGCGCCUGCGGGCGUUGGAGGUUUGUGCUCGCGGGCGUGCGAUCGUGCACUGGUUGGAGACCCGCAGCGUGGGGCUCAACAUCGUCUACCACGACUACACCGCCUUCCAGACCUUCCUGAACCGCCGCCGCCAGCUCAUCCCCGAUAACGGCGAAGUCACCGUCCUGCAGGCAGGAAGGCACGAGUUCCCCUUCACCUUCCAGCUCCCAGAGACCCUGGCGACGUCCUUCGAGGGCAAACACGGCAGCGUGCGCUACUGGGUGAAGGCCAAGCUGCACCGGCCGUGGGCCACGGUGAAAAAGGUGAAGAAGGAGUUCACCGUCAUCGAACCCAUCGACAUCAACACCCCUGCACUGCUGGCUCCCCAGGCGGGUGCUAAGGAGAAACUCGCCCGCGCCUGGUACUGCAAUCGUGGCCAGGUCUCAGUGACUGCCAAGAUCGACCGCAAAGGCUACACCCCCGGUGAGGUCAUCCCUAUCUUUGCUGAGAUUGACAACUGCACCAACCGGGCGGUGGUGCCCAAAGCAGCCAUCAUUCAGACUCAGACCUUCAUCGCUCGGGGCACCAAGAAGCAGAAGAAGUCAGUGGUGACCAGCAUCGUCGGGGACUCCAUCGCUGCGGGGAAGCGCGAGGUGUGGCACGGGCGGGCGCUGAAGAUCCCCCCGGUGGGGCCGUCCAUCCUGCAGUGCCGUGUCAUCCAAGUGGAAUAUGCCCUGAAGGUCUGUGUGGAUAUUCCUGGCACAUCCAAGCUGCUCCUGGAGCUGCCGCUCGUCAUCGGGACGAUCCCACUGCAUCCGUUUGGCAGCCGCACGUCCAGCAUCAGCAGUCAGUACAGCAUCACCCUGGACUGGCUGAGCAGCAUCCCCGAGCAGCCUGAAGCCCCCCCCGAUUACUCAGCGGUGGUGCCCAGCCCCACAGCCGAGCAGAGCCUGGCCCCGCCGUGCCGCAGCGAGCUCGGCGCUGUUCUGGAAGGGCCCUUCUUCGCCUACAUCCAGGAGUUCCGCUUCCGACCGCCUCCGCUCUACUCUGAGAUCGACCCGAACCCACCUUCAGACGGCAUCCGCCCGCGCUGCAUGACCUGCUGAGCAGUGCUGAUGGCAUCGUGACCGUUGGGCUGCAGUCAGAGCGCCCGCAGGAUGGCAGUGGGCGCAUGAGAGCGCUGAGCCCCCACCACAGGCACUGCCCUGUGGGGUCUGAAGGGCUGGAACCGCCCCAGCGUUUUGGGGUUCGGAUGGAGCUGGGAUGAUGCUCCUCUAUGUGUGCUCCAGCACCUCCUGCUGUGGAGAGCUUUGAGCUCGGAGGUGUUGCAGGGAAUCCAGAGAAUGUUUAAAUCCUGUGCUGGGUUUGGACCCCGCGGUGCUGAGGGUGCAGCUCUGCUGCUGCAGUUGCUUCUCCAGAACUGCAGUUUCCUAAGGAGAAAACUGGCCGGGUGAGGCAGACUGUGCUGCUGGUGAGCACGGCUGGGAGCCGGGAGCUGCUGCAGGGGUGGCUGGAGCUGCCUGGCAGCUGGGUGGGGGCUGCAGAGCCCCCCGUGGCCAACAUUGGGGCUGUGUAAUUCCCAAAGCAGCAGAGAUCUGCGGUGGUGUUUCGGUGCUGCUCCUGCAGGGUGGCACAGACGUGGCCCCUCACAGUGCUUUGUUGGCCUAAGAAAAAAAGCUGGAGUGAGUCCUCCAGGGCAGCCACCAGAGACUGUGCGUUCCCCCCGACCCCUGCGCAGAGCCCCAGCCCCGGUGCUGGGCAUUGCUCAGAGGAUUUUCUAUUGUUUGUAUCAGUGACCACUUUUAUACCGACCACUCUUUGUCUCUGACGUUACUCUUUUCGUACAACUUCAGUUAGGGUGAUUUCUCUGAAAUAAAUUUCUUUUAACCAA